AUGGGUUUGACAGUUCCUGCAUUGGCUUUAAGGCGGCUUCAGACGGGAAUCCCCCAAUUGUUGUCAACCAGAUGUUUUAGAACCAAUGGUAUGGCUAGACAGUAUUCUCAGCAGAGCGACACAGUUCGUCCUCGCUUAGCCAAAAGCAUUAAACCUUCCUUCAAUCCCACCAAAAACCUCAGGAGAGGUGUUACACCUAAAAUUUCACAGCGAAUGACCAACGCUCGGGCAGUCACACAAUCUGAUGGGUUUUUGACCACAAGGGAAUGCACUACAAUCACGACCAGUGAGGCUUAUGAUUUGGACAAAGUAAUAUGUUUGCUCAACAACUCAGGCUUCCAUGCAAUCAGCUUGGUUCCGGAGGAGAUAGUUUCAUUCAGAUACCUCCACAAUGGCUAUAGGUCCGAUAUCAUGGUACUGGGAAAUUGCGGUACAAUCGUAUCAUGGGGUCUGGGAGAACAGGCAGCUAUGGAAAGCAUUCUACCAUUAAUCGAGGAGGCGAGAAUCCACCCCUUGCCUCAAGAUCGAGUAGAGAGUGAGGACCUUGAUUUCAUUGAGAUCAAGUCUGUCGAAGACCUUGAGAAAGUUCAAUAUUUGACUAACAAGUCUGGUGAAGGAAGCUUCAUAGACGGUGAUCUGAUAUUUGUGAAUGCUAUAGAUCCAGAGCUAGGCCUUCUAGAUAAGGCCGCCUUCUCGAGUGGUAUGUCGAGAAGCACUCGGUUGGCAAUUUUAGAAGAGCUCUUGAAAGGACAUAUUGAAAAGACCCGGAUAUUCACAGAACUUUUAUCGCAAGGCAAGAAACUGAAUCUUACCGAGUCUGAAGUAUUGAAAAGUACCGGAAGCUUAUUCUUGAUACGAGGUAAGUUAAAUUUGUAUUCGGAGCUAACUGAGACGCCUGAUCUUUACUGGAGUGAACCUAGACUUGAGGGAAUAUACAAACAGAUAUCUCGAAGCCUUGAUACUCAACCGCGAAUUAGCAUACUGAAUACGAAGUUGGAUUUUGCAGCUGAGGAAUCUCGGGCUUUUUUGGCGGUGCUAAACGAAAAAAAGAGCACUCAUCUUGAAUGGAUUAUCAUAUAUUUAAUCACUAUUGAAGUGUGCUUCGAAUUACAUCACUACUACGAGCGGUACUGGCUUGAUAGGCCCAGUGAAGGGACUGCUGAACGAUAG